AUCGCAUCUGGCCUAUGAAAUGCACGCUACAAAUAAUAGGUCAUCAAAAAAUUUUGACCAAUUGUAUUGUAGCUAACAUUGUAAUGCCAGCUGCUAAAAAAUUCCUUCCAAUAAUUUAAUUUAAUUAACCCGCCUUCUUUCUCCUAAAAAAAUCAAAACCCGCGCCUUUGUCUUCUUCUCCAUUUUCUGCUAAACAUUCUUCUUUCUCCAUUCACCAUUUUCGCUAUAUUCCAUUUUCGCUCAGCCCAAAGUUUGUUACUUUGCUCAGCCCUCUUCAUCCUUUUAUCUCCUAACAUAUUUUCGCUAUCCUCAAUUUUCGUUCUGCACUCCAUUGAAGAAGCUAGCUAGAACGAAACCCUAAUUAGUAGAACCUAGUUUGCUCACAAAGAACCCAUAUCUGCUUUUCCCUCACAAAGAACCCCAAUUGUCCUCCAUUUCCGUUUCUACCAAGAACCUAGUUAUGCAGUUUCCUCACAAAGAUCCCCAAUUUGUGACAACAUUGGAAUUUCCGACAGAUUUGGGGAUUCUUCAAUUUGUUCAGGUAAUUUCAUAAUUUUUAGAGGUAUUUCUAAUUAAGGUUCUAAAUAGGGGUUUUCAUGAAAUUUUGCAUAAAAUUAGUUAGGUUUUCAUGAAAUUAGUGAAAUUUUGGGGAAUUUGCUGUCAAUUUGCUGCAAUUAAAAAACCGGGUCAUCAAAGGAUUAAAAAAAACAUUUUUUGUUUAAUUUAUUCGUGAAUUUGCUGCUUCUGGCUUUCUCUAGGUUUUAAUUAUUGUAAUUGAAACUAAAUUUAUUUUGUUUGGAGUUAAUAUCAAUUUGCUUGGCUUCUAAUUUUUAUUUAAUUUGCUGUAGCUUAAUAUGGUGAAUAUUUCGGCUUGUGAAUCCUAACUCAUUAUACUAACUUCAAGUACUCUAUUGCUUAAACAAUCAACAGUAACACACAGUCCAAUACACCCUCUUAUUUUACUUGCAAAUGCAUAACUUGGAUAGUGAAUAUCUAGAGUUUCAACUAUCUAUAAGUAAAGGGGACUGGGUCUGGAUAGAUUUUCUGUUCCGAAAAACAAAUUUUUGAUAAAUUUAUAAUCUUAUACAAAGUAUUGUAUUUUUGUGAUUAAUUGCAUAAUAUGAGGUAUGUCAUAGUGUAAUCUUGAUUUGUUGAGAGCAUUGAUAUUCAUAAUCUAUGCAACUUUGUUAACGAUUGUUGUUUUAAAUUUUAGUCAUUAUGUUUCUUCUAAAUUUAAGUCUUUAUGAUGAUUAUUAUGAAUUUAAAUCUUUAUGCAUGAUCGAAUAUUAUAGGUACUGAUUAUUUUUUCCUGGAUUUUUGUUUCAUUAAUGUUGGUAGUAUGAUCUUUACCAAGCAGGAUGAUUUGAAAAUUUUGUUAGUUGAUUGGCAAAUGCAUGGUUUUUUGUUAGGGUUUAUACUGCGUACAAGUAUUAGUUUGAAGCAAUUUCAAAUCAUCUAUCAUACUACAUAAAACAUAAUUAUGGGUUUUUCCCUGGUUUUGUAUAUUAAUAAAUAUAUAGUAGUAUGAUUAUGGCCAUAAUGGAUGUACGCAACUCUUUGAUUUCAUUGAUAACUUCCAUGAAAAUAAUCAAUAAUCAUAUUGUUAUCUUAAGCAGUUUUAAGAGGUCAGAUCAUAAUGGGGUUGCAACUUUUUGUUUUUCUUUUUUAAAGGUUGUCAGUUGAAUGCAUAUGAAUUUGUGGUUUAUUUGGUAUAGGUUAACGUGUGACUACUUAUAUCAGACAUGAUUUACGUAAUUAACUCAUUAUAAUUUUUAUGCCUGUAUGUAAAUUUUAAAAAUAAUUUAUAUACUAUAUGAAUUAUGAUGAUUUAAACACUAUAUGUACAUGCACAUGAUUUAAAAAUAAUUUUUGUGCAAUAUGAUAUGAUGGGAAAAUUGCUAUCUAUUAAGCACUAUAUGUACAUGUACAUGUCAAUUUGUACUAGCUUUUCCAACAGGGUGUAUGUUUCUAUCAUUGUGUGUGCUUAAAUGGCUGUUAUUUCUCGUCUGCGUGCUUGCUUCUGGUGACGUGUGAGUAGAGGUUACAUGUGUGUAUGUUUGUUUGUGCUAACAUGAGUAUAUAUAUAACCCAAUAGCAUUGCUUGAGCUUCUUCCGGUAUAGUAGAAGUAUCUAUAACUCUAGUUGGUUCCUUUUUGCUGGCCACUGCCAGUUUUGCAUCUAGUUCUUCUUCCUGAUUGGACAGAAGCAUCUUUAUCAUCACAAGUCCCCAUUAAAUCUCUGCCAAUAUAUUCUAUUAUCACCUCUCCACUAUGUCGAUUUCAUGGUUCCUCUAUUUCGGUGCAAGUGGGCUGACAAACAACGUGGUUAGAGAAUAGAUGACAUUUUUGGCAUGACUUUGGUGGAUUCUAGUCGUUUCAAUGAUGGAGAAGAGCCCUUUGUUUUAGCAUCACAAGCUAAGCAAAUUUUCUACAUCGUAGACAACAUUGAUCCUCAAUGGCACGUAGUUGUUCAAGGCAAAAGACGUAUUGUUGGUGUUGAGGAAGUUGUAGACGAAGAUGAGUAUGACCUAUUUGAUGAGACACCACCUUUAUAUAUCGGUGUUCAACCUUUGAGAGAUGGAGAAGAUAUUGUGGAAGAUGAAGUCUUUGAUCGAGAAGAAGGGAUGGUUGUUGAUAUGUUGUCUACGAUGUAGAGAAUGAAUCUGAUGGUUUUUGUUAGGUACUAUCCUUUUAGCGGAUUUAGCUUAUAUGGAUGACCAAAUGCAAGAGCAAGAUUCUGCCAAUGCUAAUGCUUCAACAAGGGAAACAACAUCAAAAAAGGCAGAGGUCCUUCUAAGUGUUUACAAAACACACAGCCUAUGUUCCUUGAAUUUAAUGCUCUAGACUUACCAACUGGUAAAUGGGAGAGCGCUUAUGGGAAACAAAUUGGCCUCUGUGCUAAGAGAAUUGACAUUAAUGUAAAAGAAUAUCUGAAGAUGGGUAAGGUAGAGAAGGACAACUAUUGGGAAGAGACAAAGCGUAAGUUCCACAUUGAGGACCCAAAUGGAGUGAGAGAAAAAAAAUUUCAUAGAGCAUUGGGUGCUCGUUUCAGAUGCUAUAAGUCAAAGUUGAGGGCUCGUUUCAUCUAUUUGACGAAUCCAUACCCCCCUAACUCUCCUAAAGCACAUAUGAAGCCAUGGGAGGUGUAUGAAGGUUACUUCACGGAGGAACAAUGGAAGGAAUUUGAGGUUUAUACUAACGCAGCAGAAUUCAAGGUGAAAAGUGAGAAAGGAAAAGAAAGUGCACAGAAAAACAAAUCCACACCACUUAGGUCAAAAUAGUUAUGGGAGGGCUCGAAAAAAAUGGGAAAAUGACAAAAGACUCCCCAUCUCCGAAUUGUCGGGAACUGAAAAUGAGAGUAGUGCCUCAAUCACUUCAGUUUUUGAUGCUCGUUCACUUCAGUGGCUUUUAGCACGUGAAAAGAGAAUGCCAGAUGGAACUUGGGCUGUUGACCCUAAGGAGUCUGAAACUGCUCGAGUUGCUGCUUUAGUUAAGGAGAAUUUGGAAAAACAGGCUAAAGAAAAAGAGGAAGGAUCAGUUGUUGUUGAUAGGGUUGACAGAGGCAUUGAUGCCCUCGCCAUGGCUUUUGGCAAAAAGGAUCAUAGUGGAUUUGUGAAAGGACUUGGUGGGUGUGGGAUUGGUGUUGGAUUUGCUAAAGCAUUUGGCCCUUCAAAUCGGAAAGGAAAAAGAUUUGAAGGUUGUCCAUACGAUGAAUUAGAGGUAAUGAAAGCUAAGUUAGCCCAUGAUUUUGAAGCAAGGUUUAGUGAAAGAGUGGCUGAAGAGGUACAAGCUUAUUUAGCUGCAUUGAUACCAAAUUUCACUAGCGUUAUGAUGCCAAGUAAAAAUGAUCUUCAUGUGGCAUACUCUAAUGCCUUGUCUAAUCAAGUAAAUGAAACGUCAUGCCCGCUUUAUCCUCGGCAUUUUGAACUAGAGGUUGCAACUAAAUGUCAUCUUGCUUUGAAUGAUGAAUUUUAUGGAAACUUAGUUUUUGUGGCGGAAGAAAAGGUACAACCGUGCCCCAAUGGAGUGACACACAACAAUAAGAUGAAGUCGGACCACUAUAGGGUUAGUGUAGACUACAUUUAUAGUGAGUAUGCCCUGCUUGAUCUUCCGGUCACAACAGAUGAUGGUAUUUCUAAGUUGGGUGAAGCUAAAGGUUACUUUGUAGAAUGGCCUAAAGAUUUGGUGGUCUUUGAAGAAAAGGAUCAUGGCUCAUCAUUGUUCGAUCGUCAUCGUUCAUCAUUGUUCAUGAAUCAUGUCAUAGAUUAGCCCCCUAUUCCCAAACUCAAUGUUAGUUGUUGAUAAAUUCGCAAAUCCCAACUAAAAUCGAUAAAAUUCGAAA